AUGUAUUUUGUAUUUUAUAACCCAUGUAUUUUGCCCAACCCUGCUGAUAAAUUCGUUGAUUGCACAGCUUGGGUUCCCAUCCUGAUGGAGCAGGACGACGUCAAACGGAAGCGGCUGGAACAGGAGCAGAAGGUUAAAUCCAAGGAUCAGUACAUGGACAAGUUUGAGAAAAUCGUGAAGGACAACGGGGGCCGUUUCCUCGUGGGAAAUAAGUUGAGCUGGGCAAACAUUUAUCUGGCACAUGUGCUCAACAGCGGGGAACUAAAUCAUGGGAUACGAUUUAUUGAUGAAUAUCCCGCCCUCAAGUCGAUGUAUGAAAAUGUCAUGAACACUCCAGGGAUUAAGGAAUGGAUGGAGAAGCGGCCGGAUACCAAGUACUAA